AUGGAAGCCGUGGCCCCGAGAGUCGUCGAGGGCAGCCAUUCAGUCGAUAGUCAGAGGUCAUUCAGUCUUGCUUUCGGACACUCGGAACUGGCGCUCGACUGGCGCACGCCGCACGCCGCUCCGGAGGCAACCGGCGACCGGGGUGCGGCGUGGAGACGGCGAUUGGCGCCGUCCCUCGCACUCACCACACCUGGUGCCUCAUACCUUUGCUGGUCGUCUGCUCAAUUCUGUCUUGCAGACGUGUUCGUGAUCCCAGGGUUGACGAGGGCUGGCGAGGGGGAUGGCGCAGGGCUGCGCCGAGUGUGCAAGGGACCCCUCAACCUGUUCAGGAAGGGUAGGAUCGUCGCUCGCGCGGCUCUGGUGAAUUGGGUACGCGAGUUCUUUUCCGGUGCUGGUUAUUCAAAUGCCCACUUCGAAUACUGUGCCACUCUGUACGAGACAGCAUUUGACAGCGGGCUUGGAGUCUCACACGGGCUGAUAAUCUAA